AUUAGUAUAGUUUUUUCAGUUCUGUUGUCGGCAGUAUUUGCCGCUGAUGAUGUUGUGGUUUUGACAGAUGCUAAUUUUGCCUCCGAAAUUGCAAAGUAUGACGUGGUAUUAGUGAAAUUCUAUGCACCCUGGUGUGGUAAUUGCAAACGUUUGGCUCCGGAAUAUGAAAAAGCAGCCACUAUUCUUAAAAAAUCAGAUCCACCAGUCACCCUUGUCAAGGUUGAUUGUACCGUAGAGACAAGUGUUUGUUCUAAAUAUGGUGUUAUUGGUUAUCCAACACUAAAGAUCUGCAAAGGAGGAGAGGUAUCUAAAGAUUAUGAGGGACCUAGGGAAUCUGAUGGUAUUGUGAAAACAAUGAACAGAGAGGCUGGACCUGUUUCCAAAAAGUUAGAGACUGUUGAAGAGGCUCGAAACUUCCUAGACAAGGACUCAGUUGGUGUAAUUGGUUUCUUUGAUGCAGAAGAUAGUAAUGAUGCCAAGACUUUCUUAAAGGUUGCAGAUCAACUACCAGACAUUAGAUUUGCACACACUGUUAGUAAUAAAGUCAAAGAAGAGUUAAAACAAUCAAACGGAGUUGUGUUAUUUAGACCUAAGGUUCUUCAAAGCCGAUUUGAGGAUGCAGAGGUCCGAUUUACUGAGUCUGGCACAGUUAAAUUAAAGGCUUUCUUACAGUCGGAAGACUUUGGACUCUGUGCUGAGCGUACCAUGAGUAAAGCUGCAAAUUUUGGAAAGCCAUUGUUUGUAGCUUACUUCAACGUAGACUAUACUAAAAAUCCAACGGGAACUAACUAUUGGAGAAACAGGAUUAUGAAAGUUGGAAAGCAGCUACGGGAAGAAGGAAAGACUUUAUACUUUGCCAUAAGCAAUGUGGAUGAAAUGAACAGAGAACUUGAGGAAUGUGGCAUUACUGAAAAGGGUGGAGAUAAACCCGUUGUUUGUGCAUGGGAUAGCCAAAACAAGAAAUAUAAGCUGACUGAAACCUUCAGUGUUGAGUCUUUUGAACAGUUUAUCAGUGACUUUUUGGCAGGCAAAAUAGAACCCUUCAUUAAAUCGGAACCACUGCCAGAGUCUAAUGAUGAACCAGUAAAGGUGGUUGUAGGUAAAAACUUUGAUGAGAUAGUGAAUAAUCCAGAUAAGGAUGUUUUGAUUGAAUUCUAUGCCCCAUGGUGUGGACACUGCAAGAGUUUAGCACCCAAAUAUGAUGAACUAGCUGAAAAGCUGAAAGAUGAAAAUGAUAUCGUUAUUGCCAAGAUGGACGCAACAGCAAAUGAUGUUCCAAAUCCAUAUGAUGUUAAAGGAUUCCCAACCCUUUACUUUGCACCCAAAGGCAGCAAUAAUUCCCCAAAGAAACAUGAGGGUGGUAGAGAAGUUGAUGAAUUCAUCAAGUAUUUAGCUAAAGAAUCCACUGAUGGCCUUCAGGGUUAUUGCAGACAUGGCAAAAAGAAGAAGAGCAAGAAGGCAGACCAAACCGAUUUGUAA